UUUAUAACGGUGCACUCCACUAGCAGCACUCUAAGCGCAGUGUGACCAGUGAGCACUGAGCACUUGAGCAAAUUCAAAUAUUUGCUUGUUUGGCAACAGUUGCAUUUCAAAUUAACAGAGUGUUUUGAAUUUAGCGAUUCGCUUCGAGUGAAAAGUGUUUGUGAAAGAAGCAAUUCUUGGCAGCGAAAAUUGAGAACAAACCUUAAUAAGUGAAGCUAAUAUUUUUGGAACGCUUACUAUUUUGGAAAAAAGCUAACAAAGUGUAAAGUGUGUGAUUUUUUAGAAAAAAGCGUACGUACUUUUGAGUGAAUCUCAAAAAGCAGUAAAUUUCUGAAAUCAAAAAAAGCUCCAAGCCUUCUAAGCAAAAUUCGCAAUGAUGUCAAAUAAGGUAUUCUGUUGUACUUUGGCCUUUGCCGCUGCUUGUUUGGCGGUGUGCCUGUCGACGUCGGAAGCAGCGCCAUUUCCCAGGUAUCAGAACAAUGGCUACUACAACGAGCUGGAGGAAGUGCCCGAUGACAUUUUAAUGGAAUUGAUGGCCCGUUUUGGACAAACUAUUAUGAGAGCACGCAACGAUCUGGAAAACUCUAAGCGCACUGUGGACUUUGGGUUGGCGCGUGGCUAUUCGGGCACACAGGAGGCGAAACAUCGCAUGGGCCUCGCCGCUGCCAACUUCCCUGGCGGCCCAGGCAGGAGGCGACGUUCGGAAACUGAGGCUUAAAGUGUUCACACAUCGACCAGCGAUAAGCAGCGAUUGGAUGCCAACCAAUUUCCUGAUUAGACAAUUUUUUGAAUUUACGCCCGGAUUUAUUAGAGAGCUCUAGAAGAAUUUGUUGAUUAUUAAAUACAUACAUCCAGCAUACAUACAUAGAAACAUAUGUGCUACAGAACCCGUUGGACCCUCAAGUACGACGGUGUGAAUAUUUUUCCAUUAGCCUAUAUGUAUUGAGUACAAAAACAAAAAUAAAAAAAACAUGUAUUUCUUUACAACGUACACACAACAGACAGGUAUAUUUAUACUACAUACACAUAUUUAUAAAUAUAUAUUAACGAAGCAAAAAUGUGAAAAGUAUUUAACUUCAAUUUAUUAUAACAAAAGAAAAACUUAAUUAAAUAAACUAAUUGAAAACUAUGCGUGUUGAACACAAAACUUAUAAGCAGAAAAAAUAUAUAUAUAUAUGUAUAAGUAUAUUCACAAACUGUUGCUCCAAAAGUUUUUAAAUAAAAGUUAAACGAACUCCGAUGUUGGCUUUGUUUUUCCAGCUAUUUAUAAGGAAAUGUGCACAAAAAAAUGCUUAAAAUGCAUAGAAAAUUUUAAAAAUUAAGAAGGAGUAGUCGCGAUUAGAGCGCAAGCGCAGAGGAAUGAGUAAGAAAAAGAAGAAGAAGAAGAACACUUGUAAAAUAAAUUCAAAUUAAACUGAAGUUGAUGAUUGCAAACAAAGAAAAUCUUUAAGUAGGUAUGUAGGUUAAGCGCCAACAACAACAAAAACAACAUGCAUACACCAACGCUACUACAUAACUCACACAGCUAUAAGCAACAAACAACAAGAAGCAACCAACAACAACACCAACACCAAGCAAAACAAAACUCCAUUGGCAACGCCACCAAAGCCACCACCAACAUACAACUAGAAAAAUUCACAUUCACAUGCUUUGAGGCCCCCGAAAGAAAGUGAAAAUUUUGGAAUUUUACUUAAUUAUGUUAACUGUAAUAUAUCUCAUACUAGCAUGCACACACAUAUAACUUUACAUAAAUAAAGAAAAAAAACUUUAUGAAAAAUAAAAUUGAAAUUAAAACGAAAUAUGAAUGUAUAUGUACGUACUUAUUUAAUAUAUGUAUAUGUGAUGAGUGACGAAAUAUAUAGAACAGUUAUAAAAAAGUAAAAUGAUUAAAUUGUACUGAGUAUAAGCAUUUGAAAUUAAAGAUGUUUGUAGAAAUAAAUACGAAAUUAAUAUUUAUUUAAUAUUUACAAAUAAAUAAAUAUAUAUACAUAUAUAUACUAAGCAUACUUGGCUUAUGUCUGCAUAUUUGUAUUUAAGGUACUUUUGUUAUGAGUUUCAAAGUUAACCUGUGUGCUCCGCUACGUCUAUAAAUCUCAUACUUCCUACAUAAAUCUCCUACUUCACAUAUGUAUGUAUGUAUCUUCGCUCCUCUAAUUGCCUAUCAUCUUCUCAUUCCCUCGCUCGCUCCCUCUCUUACUUACUGCCAACCUCCAAUUCUCUCAAGCUCAUAUACUAAUUUAACAUAUUAAUACACUUCCAAAUGCAUGUAUGGACACAAAUAACCUUCAACCUCCAACUCUCUCAAGUUCUUUCAUAAACUUAACAUAUUAAUACAUUUCCAAAUUUAUAUAUGGAUAAGUAACAUAUAUACACCUUGACACCCUCAAACAUGCUUCCAAUAUCCUAUACAUAUGCCUACUAUUCUCAAAACGCCAACAAAAAACACCAAAAGCACCACCAAUCAUCUAAACAGUGUAACACUAAAUGAUCACCAAAGCUACUGGAUAUGUAGGGAAACGAGCUGUUAAGCUGAGCAGAGAGAGUAGAGGCAAUAAUUGCCCUUGCACUCUGAUUUUAAGUACCCGCUAAAUGCUUACAUUUAAAGUCCCUUUUCUCACUCACUAAAAAUUCCCUUACUCAGUUAAUUGUAAAUACACAUACAUAACUAGUACAUACAUAAGCACGUAAAAAAGUGUUGUAUUAUCUCACAUGCCAUGCCGUAAAUGUUUAACAAAUUACCUACCUAUAUACAAAAUUAGACGUUUACAACAUUACAAUCUGAAAAUUCCAAAAACAAAAUAAACAAAAAUUGAAGAGAAGUCAUAAAAAUAAAAACAAAGUUAUGCUUU